UCCCAGGUGCUUCCCGCGGCCCCGAGCCUCGCCGCUCGCACCCCUGGUUGCCCGGCUGGUACUUAGUUUGCACAGCUUUUGUCCAAGGCUCGAGACUUAGUGAGCAGUGUUUGCCCUCCCUUCUGGUAUAACUAGUUUUGAUGGCUGGGAAUAAAGGAAGAGGACGUGCUUCCUAUACUUUUAAUAUUGAGGCUGUCGGCUUCGGCAGAGGUGAAAAGUUGCCUGAUGUAGUGGUGAAGCCACCGCCACUGUUUCCUGAUACAGAUUAUAAGCCGGUGCCACUGAAAACAGGAGAAAGUGAAGAUUACAUGCUGGCCUUGAAACAGGAAUUGAGAGGAACAAUGAAAAGAAAGCCUUAUUUUAUUGAAAAACCUGAAGAAAAGCCAGAUAUUGAAAGGUAUAGUAAAAAAUACAUGCAGACAUACAAAGAAGAAUGGAUACCAGAUUGGAGAAGACUUCCAAGAGAGAUGAUGCCACGGAAAAAAUGCAGAAAAGCAGACCUAAAAUCCAAAAACGCACAAGGCACAGACAAAGUCUCUUCACUCAUUAAUGCUGCAGAUGUGUUGAAAAAAAUUGAGGAAUUGGAAAAGAAAGGCGAUGGUGAAAAAUCCGAUGAGGAAAACGAAGAGAAAGAAGGAAGCAAAGAGAAAAGUAAAGACGGUGAGGACGAGGACAACGAGGAUGCAGAGCAGGAAGACGACGACGAAGAAGAGCUAGAAGAGGAAAAUGACUACGUUAACUCAUACUUUGAAGACGGGGAUGAUUUUGGUGUUGACAGUGAUGACAACAUGGAUGAAGCAACCUAUUAACCAUGAAACUUCUUUAAAACAUGUUUAUAAUUCAUCUUCUGAGCAUUUGGACAAAGUGGAUUUGGUUUGUUUCUCAUAAGGUGUGAGUACCUAGUUUAUUUUUGUCCCUGUUUUGCUGAACAAAUACUUUUUACCAAAAUAUGUAAAACUGGUUUGAGCUUACACACUAGUUACCUUGUAAACGGGUCUGUGAAACUCUGACCCUUCUCUUAAACACCUUUGCCAUCUCAGGUCUGCCGGUGGAUUUUGGAAAAGGUUGGAUUUGAAUGUGCCUAAAGAGCUUUUGCAUCUCUUAAUUUAUAUCUCCAUACUUGAACAAACUGUUUUCUUUAACGGUUUCCUAUAAUGUAAAGGCUGACAAUACAGCACAUGGAGCACUUUAAAAACAAACUUGAAAAUUAUUUUUUACUUCUACGUGGAAUGUAUUACUACAUUGUGACUACAGAAACUCACCUGAGCUCUCACAAAUGCAAACUUAAGAGAGUGAAAGUUUUGUGAUUAAACACAUACACCUGGGGAAAGACAUCCCUGUGAGCUCUGAUGUCGCAGUUCACUCCUCAGUGUGGGGAGGUCUGCAUAUUGGAUGGGUAGAAUUCUUGGAUUUGGGCCACUUCAGACGGUAUCCGUACGUGAUCUCACUGUCAUAAGAUAGCUGGGUUUAUGAAGUUAGACCAAGGCAUCCUGCUGAAUCUUGCACUUUCUCUGCGUGUGGAGUAGGUUCCACUUCUAUUCGCUUCACAGCAGCAGCUACGUGUGAGCUGCAGGGAGGGCAGCGGCCUCCACUGUGCCUCAGGCUUCCUCACGGCUGGCUACGUAAUAGUGCAGAAUAAACCCAGGUCAUUUUGGAUUAAUCCUAGUUUAAUUUAAAAGCUAGCUCCCCUUCCCAUUUUAUAUUUUGGGGAGAAAAUACCUACAAACCUCAGCCUCCAUAGAACUAAAAAUGCCAAAGAUUUUCAAAAAAUUCAUAUUGUAUAUUUCAAAAACAACUUAUUAAUAUCACAUACCAAAAUAAAUAUAUUUUUCUCUUUGGGAAGAUAUCACACAUUUGCCUGAGCACCAGAGCCCUAAAUUCUAUUUCUUCCUAGAAUAUUAAUUUCAUCCUUGAACCUGAAAGGGUCAAGUUUCCGUGCCUUUGUUUCUCCACCUGUAAAAAGUUUCCUAUAAAAAUUUUUUAAACACUAACCAGAAUUUUACCUUAUAUAUACAUACUCUUUGGCUUUUAAAAAUGAUUAGGUCUUAAAUUUGAUUCUUACCUUCUAAUCAGUCAUAGCUAUAACUGAAAACACACUUUUCCUUGUAAAAUAUAUUAUUGCGGUCAGAUUUUCCCAUUUUGUUAUUUGUAGGGGAAAACUGGAGAACAUUUAUGUUGUCUUGUGUGACUUCUCAACAUGACUGUCUCAGGAAAAAGAUCUCUUUCAAUGGCAAUACUUCCACAAAUAAUUCAAGAUGGGUUAGAAGCCCAUCUCUAGUUUAGCGCUAUAUUCUUAUAUGUGACUUACUGUUUAAAGGAGCUUAUCAAACGUCUACCAAGAAUAGAAAGUUUUCAGUAAUAAUGGCAGAGCUGUCAUUUGGGAAUGAUAAUUAACAUAGUUGUUUAAUUCUUUGGCUCCUUUGGUAUCACAGCCAAAUACUACUGUUUAGUCCGUAGGAAUCGUAUCUCUGCACUGUUUUCUUGCUUUCUUACAAGUCUGCCGCUAACUCCUUGAUUCGGGCAGAUGCACUGAAGUACGUCACUUUUCCUGAAUUUCAGUUCGCUGUCACUGGGCUAGUCCUGCAGUGGGUAGGGCAUUCCUGCUGGGCGAGGCUUUGCCCUAGGGGGGUCCUGCUAGGUAUAUUCUUUCCCCUUCUGGAAGAGCUUUUUAUAAUUUUAAAUGGUAUUAUGAGGAUAGGAUCUGCAAGUUGUUUUAUUAACCAGCAUAAGCCUUAUUUUUCUGGCUGAAGAUCUGAGACUAUGAAGUUACUUCAUCGGAAGGUAAACAGUAUUUUGCAGAGACAGCUUCUUUAUAUAUAGAAAAGAACUUAUUGGUGAUAUAACAAAACUGGUUGUUAUAAUGCUUUUUCUUCUGUUAUAUGUUUACACAUUAAAUUCUUUCAAAGUAAAAUUGCGUUAUUUUAUUGUUUUACUUUUAAUUGGAUAUAGAAAGUGAGUUUGAUAAUAAUUUUACUUAGUGAAAUACAUAUUUAUGGAGCAGAGAUGCCUGCAUCAUGCAUUGUUCAAGAAACCACCACCAUAAACAGCACAAGAAAACUAGGGUGGGAUUAGGAAAAAGCUGUGAGGACAAAGUGAUUUGCAGGCAGUCUAAUCUUAGCAUAAUCCAUUUUCUGGACCACCACAGAAUGGGAAGCUGUUCAGAUCCCUGUUACAUUCCUUUCCUCCCAGGUGUGCACUCCUAUGUACAGUGUUGGUGGCUUUAAGAUGGCUGAAGUCUCUGGAGCUUUCAAAAACGUCUUAGUUUAAAAAAAAACUAAAUACUACUUCAAGAUGCUUUUGAAAAUGGAAAAACACAUGGAAAGAAUUUACUCCCUCAAAACCCAAGAGCUUUCUUUCUGCUACUC